ACUGUGUGGUUUCUCAACUUGGCUCUGGCCGACUUCCUCUUUACAGCGUUCCUGGUGUUUACAGCAGUGUCUCUCUCUCAGCAGCACCACUGGCCUUUUGGACAGCUUAUGUGCAAACUCAACAACUUUGUGAGCUUGGUCAAUAUGUUUGCCAGUGUCUUUUUUCUGGCAGCCAUCAGUCUGGAUCGUUGCGUGUCCAUCUGGGUGGUGGUGUGGGCACAAAACAAGCGCACCGUCCGCAAAGCUCAAGUCAUCAGCGCAGCAAUCUGGUUGGCUGCAGGGAUUUGCAGCACACCUUAUGCCUUUUUUCGCAUUACGUCAAACCGUGGUAACAAGACACACUGCACUUACCCUCCAGAAACAAAAAUGCGGAUUCUGAAUAUUUUCCGUUUCCUUAUGGGUUUUCUCAUUCCAUUCCUGCUGAUACUUUUCACCUCUGUGGCUAUAAUCAUCCGUUCCAAUCAUCUGCAGCGGGCAAGAAAACGGAGAUUUCAUCGCAUCCUUUUCUCUAUUAUUUUUGCAUUCUUCAUCUGCUGGUUGCCCUUUCAUGUUUUGAAUUUUAUAGAAGUCAGUGACCAGCAUCUCUACAAAGCUGUUUCAAUUGGAAGUACUCUAAGUGUCAGUCUAGGCUUCAUGAACAGCUGCCUGAAUCCCAUCCUCUAUGUUUUCAUGUGUGACGAGUUCCAGAAGAAGCUCAAAAAGUCCCUGUGUUUUGUCCUAGAAAGCGCUCUGGCAGAGGACCAUUUGUCUUUUGCGUCAUCUCGCUCAUUGUCAUCUCACUUCUCACGGAUUUCUCGAAAGUCGGAUUCUGCAGCCCCAGAAGAUAAGCGUGUGGAUACGUUGAUUUUCACAGAGAGUAGGGUAGCCUAGAAUAAAGGAAAGGCAAUGAAGCAAAAUCAAAUGUUCAAACUCCUGUUGAAAUGGCAAGAAAAAUAAAACAUGUCCAAGAUAUUGCUUGACAUCCAUUUGUGGACUGAUAGAGACAAUGCCAAGCACUUGUGGAGUGAAAUAAGAAGAAUAUUUCCCGUUAUGAGUGCUUUUUAUUUUUCUUUAAAUGAUAUGUCUUUAUUUUUUUUAAACAAUUCCAAUCACCACUCCUUAUACUAUACCCUUAUAUCGUGUUAUGUAUGGCAGAAUAUUUUGAUCUGUGUGACUAUGAAAAUGUAAGGUUGUUGAGAUUUUGCAAAUAACUAAUGGAAAUAUUAAAAUGUUUUGUAUUUUUUUCCCUGUAUCUCUGUACUUAAUAAACUGUGAAACUGCA